AUGACCACUUCCAUCUCUACCUCAAGUCACAAGAAGCGCAAGCAUCCAACCAUAACACUUUCUGUAUCUCCUGUAUUCGCCAGUAAUCUACGCGCGGGCGUGGAGGAAAUGUUAGAUAGCAUGAUUAUGCGAUAUAUCCCGUCCUUGAGUGCGAGCAUAAAUGCCGACUGCCCUUUCGCGAUCUGUAACGUCGGUUUCGAUGCUACGGUCUGGAGUCCAAGUAUAGCCAUGAAACUUGCUGGCAAAAUUAUUCUGUAUUCUCCUGACCAUGUUUCACUGCUUAUCCAUCGUACAUUCAACAACAUCUGGGAAUUCGAAUAUGGUCCUGCGGAAAAUGAUCCCGAGUAUGGAGAAGCUGCUGCAGAGGCUUCCGUCGAUAGAGAAGGGGAUACGGGAAUGAAAGAUAUUGAGGGUGAGAAGGCGGAAGGUGAAGAAGUAGCGGAGACGAGCGGACAAUGGGUACACCGUGUGACGGGUACGAAGCUUGGCGGAGCAGACGGAUAUUUAGAAUUUACAGUCAUUGGAAAAACUGUGGCGAACGAAAUGCUCUCUCUUCAGGGAUCGAUACAGCCUGAUCCCUUCUCUGAAGAGCACUUACCCAACUCUGCUACACAAUCAGGCAAAAGCUCCCUGCAAGAACACCAUCCGGGGCCUUCCUCCCAUCCACGGAGAAAAGCUCAUGCCAGUAGCCUCGUUUCCGUUUCGAAACUGUGA